UUUUCAACCUAGUAGAUCGUGAGUGUAUUUCCAUCCAUGUCGGUCAGGCUGGAGUCCACAUAGGCAAUGCCUGCUGGGAGCUGUAUUGCCUUGAACAUGGCAUCCAGCCGGAYGGUCUGAUGCCGAGUGACAAGACCGCAGGAAGAGGAGACGACUCCUUCAACACCUUCUUCAGUGAGACCGGUUCUGGAAAGCAUGUUCCCCGGGCCGUGUAUGUGGACCUGGAGCCCACUGUCAUUGAUGAGGUGCGCACUGGGACCUACCACCAGCUAUUCCACCCUGAGCAGCUGAUCAGUGGUAAAGAGGCUGCACUGGAGAAGGAUUAUGAAGAGGUCGGAACCGAUUCUAUUGAAGGGGAGAGUGCAGAAGAAGGAGGGGAAUAUUGAAAUGGCCACGUAAAACUAGUUCUGUGUUUUAA